AUGUCUGACGCAACGUCAAUCACCUCAACACACAAAGUCGAUACCAUGUUCACCAGUGCGGCUGAGGAAGCCCAGAGCCGGCUUCAUGUCGAGAUCAUCCCCGGUACCGAGAUUCUGACUGAUCUCGAAGACACCCAUUUCAUCCGUGGAGGCCGACAAGGCGUGGUUCUUGUCCCACAACCAACAGCAGAUCCACAUGACCCAUUGAACUGGAGCCCUUUUUGGAAGUAUGUCACCUUGUUGAAUUGCAGUUUAUACAUGUUCCUGGGUAACUUCACCGCGCUUUCCAUCGCCCCGUUGACACCUAUCUAUCUCGAGUAUUUCAACACGACUAUCACAAAAGUCGGACUUCUUACGGGUGUCUGUGUCUUGACGUUAGGAUACGCCAACUUCAUCCUGAUCCCAUGUACGCGCCUCUUCGGGCGCCGACCAGUGGCACUGGUCUGUUCCGUGAUCUUCCUCGGUUCAAAUGUAUGGCAAGCUCUGGCGACAUCAUACUCGUCACUGAUGGGUGGUCGAGCCCUCAUUGGUAUCGCUGCCGCCACCAGUGAGAGCUUGAUGCCUGUUGUCAUUGCAGAUCUCUUAUUCCUCCACGAGAGAGGAACUUGGAUGGGAAUUUAUUUCUGGGCCUUCUUCAUGGGCGCCUGGGCAGGUCCCAUUGUCUCUGGCAACAUCGCAGCGAAUCCAAAUCUGGGUUGGAGGUGGUUCUUCUGGGUUUCGGCAAUCAUGCAGGGAGUGCUCUUGGUCUCCAUGUUCUUCUUCUUCCCGGAGACGAAAUACCAAAGAGAACCCUCGGUUGCCACUUACCGGCACCAUCAUCGUGAAGACACAGCCAAAACCGACGGCACAACAACCGAUAAUAAAGAAGACCCGACGAGGAGCAGAGAAAAUAUUGAAUCCCUCGAAGCUCCAGUUCCAAUGACACACGUCCUAGGCAAAGGAUGCCCAACCAAGACUCAAAGACUAGGCAUGAACCUCCGGCCCGACCGAGCCGAGCUGAAAUUCCUCCCUCGCGAUCUCAUCACACCCUUCCAACUCGUCGCAUUCCCAAUCGUCGUCUUCGCAUCCUGCUGUCUGGGAUUUGGCGCCAACUGUCUCCUGGUGCUCAACCUCCUCGAAUCGCCUGGAUUUUCCGCCCCACCAUACAACUUCAGCCCUUCGGCCGUCGGCUUUGUCAAUUUCGCACUCAUGGGCGGCGGCAUCUUCGGGCUGCUGACUGCCGGUCCCUUCUCAGACUGGGUCUCGAUGAAACUCACCGUCCGCAACAACGGCAUUCGCGAACCGGAGAUGCGCCUCCCGGCUCUGAUCCCCUUCUGCAUCAUCGGCUUCGUUGGGCUCCUGGUCGCAGGUCUCGGCUGGGAACACAAGUGGCCGUGGCCCGUGAUCGUCGUGGUGGGAUUCGGCUUCAGCGGCGUCCUAGUCAUGGCGAUCCCCACGAUCGGACUCACCUACGCCAUCGACAGCUACAAGCCGGUGGCGGGACAGAUCACGGUGGUCGGCACCGUCGUGAAGAAUACCUUUGGGUUUGGAAUGACGUACUUCAUCAAUGACAUGGCUAACCAACGUGGAUAUCUUGUGCCCGUCAUGCUGUUGGCUUCUCUGGGCGUCGGCAUCCCUGUUGUCGGUGGUCUGAUGCUGUGGUUCUGGGGCAAGUCUUGCAGGCGUAUCUCCAGGAAUUCAAAGGUCCAUCGGUUCUAG